UUCUAUCUCUUCACUGAGUAAUAGUGAACUUCAAUUUGGAUAUAUCAGCCAUAAGGGGUGUCAAAGAGACAAUGCAAAGUUCGGGUUCAUUGUUGAGACAGUUAAGUGUGAAGGAGGCUUGGAAAUCAACAUCAAAUAGGUGGAGUAGGAAGGACAAAUAUAACAGUGGUGGGGGAGUGAACGUUGAAGGGUGUGAGACAAGUCUGAAUCAAAUGGAAGGUUUUGCAAUGUAUGGGAAAGAGGAUAUGGUGAGGAAGAGAGUGAUGGUGGUGGUUGAUCACACUUCACAUUCCAAGCAUGCAAUGAUGUGGACACUCACCCAUGUUGCAAAUAAGGGUGAUUUGCUCACUUUGCUUCAUGUUGUACCUCCACAUAAGGCUUCUGAAUCUUCUUGUUCUACCUAUCUUGUCAAUUAUCUUGGGUCCCUUUGCAAAGAUUCCAAGCCAGAGGUGGAAGUGGAAGCACUUGUAAUUGAAGGACCAAAACUAGCUACAGUGAUGAGCCAAGUGAAAAAACUUGAGGUCUCUGUCUUGGUAUUGGGCCAAAAGAAGCCUCUUCCUCUCUUCAGUUGCCUAUGUGGAAGCCGCAGUAGGAGCAGCACAGAGGAGUUUGCUGAGAAUUGUAUCAACAACGCAGAAUGCUUGACAAUAGCAGUGAGAAAGAGAAGUAAAGGCACCAAUGGCUACCUUAUCAGCACAAGGUGGCAGAAGAACUUCUGGCUACUGGCUUAGAUCUUGUGUUCUUG